AUGUCUUCUUCUCCUCCUCCGCCGCCUGCAGCCUACACCGUCAGUGGCGGCGUCACAGGCGCAUCCGAUUCACCCGCUCCGCAAUCACCGGCCGUCGCGGCAGCACCGGCGAUGGAAUCCUCGCCUUCCACCCCCGACGUUCCUUUCCGCGCCGACGAUGGCCAAGGAGAUGGGGGAGGAGGAGGAGGAGGAGCGGCAGGGGCCGGCCCGGAUCUGCCGAUGACCAUGCAAGCGUCGGUGAUCUUGACGAAUUUGCCUAAGGAUGCGAAGAGCGCGCUAGACGGCGCGGGGGAAGUGGGUGUUGAGAAGGUCAAGAUUCGCUUCCGCGCGGUUGGAUCGGCACCCGGCCUCAAUCAACCCGUCAGAAAGCUAUCCUCGACCGCCCGCUUCGAGUCGGUGGUGCGAUUCUUGCGCAAGCAGCUCCGCCUUCAGGAUCACGAGAGCGUCUUUUGCUAUGUCAACAGCGUGUUCGCGCCUGGGUUGGAUGAGGGCAUCGGGAACUUGUGGAGGUUUAUCAUGAUGCUUGAGAGAGGGUCUAAUUGGCAUGGCUUUGCAGUGCUUCAAAACCAAAGACGAACUUGUGGUCGCGUAUUCGAUAACACCAGCAUUUGGGUGAAACAGCAGUACGGACAGAGCAGGCAUUUCCCAACAACACCCAACGCAUGCAGUUCUAGGGACAUAAGAGACAACGACGCCCUCAAGAGGGGUAGCGACAGGGUAUAUCAUACAGCAGCAGACAAAGCGCACAUGACCACCAACAAUCAAUGA